CCUAGCAGCACCUGUAUCCUUCGAGGAACACUUGGACCGAUUCUUUCCACCAACCUCAGUCGUAUCAAUCAACUCUUUGCCUCGGAGCAUUGAGCCCUUAACGAGGCAGCAGUCGCGAUCUCCAAGCGAAGUACGAGCAUCGGAAGUGCCGCAACUUUCUGCCUCUGAGUUUUCCACGAGCCCCGUCGAUUCCAACACGAGAUUCUUCGGCAAUCCUCCCGCAAGAGCAUAUCGCGUGCCAUCGUUCCACAACAUGUCUAGUUCUCGCCCCACCAUUACUGCCGCCGAGAAGGACCAGAUGAUCCAAGCGCUCAACACCCAUCGAAUCAAUACCCUCAGUGAGCUUCGACGCACUGAGAAAGCCUUUGCGAAGCUUGGGUCGUCUGAUGUAGCUGCACCCAUGACUGCUGCUUGGACCUACUACGUCAACUCCCAUGGUCUACUCACUGACAUACGUGGCUUGACGAAGAACUAUCCUUUCAGCUCCGAGUGCCUGGAGGAAGCGAAGCGACGGGUCUACGCAGACCCCGAAUCCAACAAAAGUUGGAAUCUCUGUUGGCUGGUAUUGAACAAGGUUCACCAAGAUCAGCUCAUUCCCUAUUAUGCCCAUUAUCAGGCAUCUCAGCCUACGAUGUGGGGAGGACAGACUCCUUCUUCUGCAGGGAUUGCCCAGUUGACGAACGCUUUUGUGUCAGAGUGGCAUGGAGCAGUCCAACAGAUGCUCGCGCACUGGGAGCAGCCCCCUAGACGCUAAGCUCAGGACCUCGUCCACCUGACGGCCGUUACGCCCUAGGACGUGGACUCUACAAAGUUACACUUUUAGAGUAUACAGUGUUACCCUAGGAGGGGUAUUUACUACGCAAAUGUUUGACCUAGUGCUGCUAGCAUU